UGGCUUCAAACCAGAUCUCUUCCAUCUCGGCAAUCUGAACCCCAGCGCUUGAUUCUUCUCCCGGGAUACCUCUUGGGCUAUUUUCCACGACUUACACGUUCCACUCUUGUCUUCUGAGACAGGCGCCCGAAACCCAAGAUGCCCGGCCUUUUCUCGCGCCUGAAGGGCAACGGCAAGCUCAAGUCCAAGAAAGGCGCUCUCGAUCAGCUCGCAAAUCAGCAACCGCAGAAACCUCGGUGGGAUGAUGCCUGGACUCGCAAAACCAUCGAGCCCGACGAGGUGCAAGAGUUGAUUCGCUUUUGUACAGAAGAGCUCAAGGCCCGAGCCCUCGAUCUCCCCUUCCUCCUCCUUCCCUUCCGACCGACUUCAGAUCCCAGCGCAGUCCGCACCUUUGUACGACACUUUUUCGACGGCAAAGAUGGCGGCCAGGUUCUUCGUGGAGAGGCCCUGGCUCAAGAGCUACGGAUGACGGAGCCAAUGGUUAUUUCAGGAGUGGUCAAAUGGUGCUGGAGCCGACUACAGGGCGGCGUCGUUGGCUGGGACUCGUACGAGCUCUUCAAGGUCGGAGAGCAAGACUCGCACAUGGCCAGGGACUCGUUCAAGACUUUUAUUCCUCUCAGCGUAGACAACGAAGCGCGCUCAAAGAUCAUUUUCGACUUCUUCGACCUUCUCUCCGCAAUCGCCGCCCAUAGCAAGAUGAACGGAUUUGGUGGGCGCAAGCUCUCGCGCAUGGCUGCUUGGUGGGCGUUCGAGCACAAUGAUAACGGCAAUGGGUUCGAGGGCGGAUACAAAUCAUGGCUCACCGCGGCCGACGCCACGAGCCAUCUGUUCUUCGCAUAUCUCCGAUCUCUCGCGCCCGAGCCGACGACACGCGGCGCCAUCUCGCUACUACCCAUGUCGCUGCAGAAGCUCCUCCAGGAGACCGAAUACCCGCCCCAGAGACCAGCGCUCUUGCAGACGUCGACCUAUAGGGUGGCCAUGAUUGUCGACACUGUGUCGUCCACUCCGUUCGCCCUGUUGCGGAGGGCCAACCAUUUCCAGUACCGCGACGAAGACAGGGCGCUCAAGGAAUGGUCCGAGUACGAAGAUCCCAUCCAGGCCUUGACAGAGGAGUGCCGCAGAGUUCUUAGGGCGAUAUCCGCGGCAAACCAGUCACAGGCCGUGUCGAGUUCGAAGCAUUCCACGAGCCUUCGUGAUGCAUCGUGGUCUCGGUUCGAAGAUAUCGGCUUCACGAGCGCGCUCGAGGAGGACGACCUAGACGAGGAUUCAUUGCUUGCCUUGAGGCGACGGCAGCAGCAGCAGCAGGGUCUGAGGACCACGCCCGCAUCAGGUAACGGCGAUCUGGGGCGACCAACCACCCCAUCGUGGGCGGAUUUCCUCUCCUCCGGCUUUCACGUGGACGAGCGGGGGACAUCGAACGUGUUGUUGCCCCCUGACAAGGUGCUCCCACCGAUUGAUACGGGAGUUGUCCGGCAGAGGAGCUCUCAGUCUCACAAACCGAGGCUGGAGACGGACCAUCAGCUUGAGCCAGGCGAGCUGGCCAGCAUUGUUCGCUUUGACCUAGAUGACGCCUUCUGGUGGGUGUGGAUGAGCAGUUUGGCGCCGGAAGAGACCCCGGAGCGGAAGGCGGCCUUUGGGCGCUGCGCUGUGAUCGAGACAAUCAUCCGGACUGGCCGUUGGCUUGUCAUGGAGGAGAUCGUCAAGGGGGCAGCGCCUGAUCCGGAGGACGGCGCGUACAUCGCCGAGAAGAAGGGCUUUUUCAGCUGGACCCGCCGCGGCAGGAUCAAUAGAAGAAAAUCCACGGGGAAGCACGCCCUGGACAAGGGUGACGGAAAUCUGAAAGGGAGCUCCACCAUUGGCUUCAGCAAGACGAGCAUUGGUCCUGAUCAGCAAGCGAAGAUCCAGGCUGCCGCGCUGCAGCUCCAGAGGCAGGCUCAGCAGAAGACACAGCAACAGGCACAGGAACGAAGGGGUAGGAAGGACACUGACUGGCUGAACGACAAGACCAACAGUGUUCUUACCCUCCAGUCGAGCAUCCUCAACGAGGCAUCUCCGGCGGUCAAAUGGGCCAGCAAGUACGACAAGGAGGCCAUACGUGAUGCUUAUCUUGCCGAUGCAAACGCCGGCCGUGGUCCCGCAGGCGCGAACUUGCUUACCAAUGGGCACGCCACGGCGUCAGCAAGCGAGCAGGAACAACGCCCGGAACUCCCCCCCAAGCUACCGGCAUCACCCCCGCGCCCGGCCCCUGUCGCGACGGUGAGCUCGUCCUCGGCUCCGCGACGUAACGAGGCGGCGGCACCGGCCCCGCGAACACCGACUCAAGAAGAUAAAAAAGUGGAAUUGCUCAAAGAGUCUCAGGCAGUCGAGCGGGCGCAGAGUCCAUUGCCUCUGCCGAAAGACCCGGGGAGCGUGGAGUUGGCUCGAGAGCAGAUGGUUUCCCCCGAGCCGGACAUGAGCCCCGAGCGGCAGAAACAAAAGAAGCUUCACAAAGACAUGGCAAAGCCCAGUGGUGGCAACGGCUUGAUGAAGCUGUUCGGCCGUAACAAGAACCGGAACUCGAAACUGCCCGACAACGCCGCGGAGCAGCUAAAGUCGUUCACUGCCGCUGCUGAGCAGUCUGCCCCUGCCCCUGCCCCUGCACCUGCACCUGCUGCGCCCGCCCCUCCCGCACCGCCGCAGAAGUCUGCGCAACGCGAGGUCCGGGCUGCCCCGCCAAAGGAGCAGUCUGCCGUUCAGCAAAAGCCCCAGGCCAUUCCGGCUCGCGUUCCAGUCCCGGCCCCCUCUUCCGCCUCGCCCCCUCCUGUCCGCUCCCCGGUCCCGGAGCCCGAGCCAGUUGCUGAGCCCGCCCCAGUUCCCGAGUCGCCCGUGCCCCAGGAGGUCUCGCCCGUGAGCACGAGGGAUGCAGCCCAGGCCAAGGACGAGUUCUCCCGAUUCGACCAGGGCCCGCUGCUCGACCAGCCCGCAUUCGUCCCGGAGGAUGACGGUGAUGACAUUGACGACGCAGUGCCGCCUCCUAUCGCCAGACAUCCUUCCCCUCGCAUCCCGUCGCCGUCCGUGCCGCAGCAGCGCGACGAAGACGACGCCGCACCCCCGCCGGCACCAGUGGCUCGCGCCGUGGACCCGCAAGACCGGUGGGCGCAGAUCCGCAAGAACGCUGCCGAGCGGGCUGCCCAGCGCCAGGCUGCGCAACCCGCUAGGGCAUCGGGCAGCCUGAUCGGGGACGAUAACAGCAGCGAAGAGACGAUCGAGUCACGCGUCGCCCGCAUCAAGGCCCGAGUCGCCGAGCUGACUGCCGGCGCCGAGGGAAUGGGAGGACCCGGUGGCGUGCGCGGUCCGCCGCCCCCGAUCCGUCGCUUACCGUAGCGGCGCGGUUGAAGCAAGCUAUCAAAGCCCUUCCGUGCUGGCGCUGGAGCUGGCCCGUGGGAUGAAUGGGAAAGAACCGAGAGGCUGAAGUAGUACGGAAACCGAAGGCUAAUCGCUUUUAUUUUGCAUGCCUGUUCAAAAAAGGCAUUCAUUUCAUUUCUCUCUGUUUUCCCCGCUAUUCGUUGGCCACAUUGGGUUGGGCCGCCCCUUUUCCUUUACUUGCUCUCGCGCUCACACUCACGAUGGAUACAAGGCUCC